AUGUCAGAUAUAUCAAUAAGUGUGGAUGAAAUUAUAGAAAUGCAUUUAAAAAAUAAACUUAAAAAUGUCAAUCGAACUAUGAACGCAUUUAUGAUUUAUAGAAAAAAUUGUGCGCUUCAAAAUCCUAACCUUUCAAGGAUUCGUGUUUCAAAAUUAGCAAGUAGAUUGUGGAAAAAUGAAUCAACCGAAAUAAAAGACCGUUAUAAACGUAUGGCAGGAAAUAACUCUUCAGACAUCACUCCUAUGGUCCAAAAUUCUCUGAAUAUAGAUCAAAACACUUUGGACACUAUUUACCAUAAUAAUACAAACAUUUACUACUGUCAGCAAACCAAUCCUCAUAUGGACCAAAAUCCGUUUAAAGAUAUAAAUCAAGGCACUUCUUUUUAUAAUUCUUCACCUUCAAAUUCCCUCAGUACUAUUUAUUCUAGACAACAAUCUGUGAAUAUGGGUCAAAAUUUCCAUACACUGACUACUUAUAUGGACCAAAAUAUUACUUGCUCUGGUCCUCUGAAUAUUGAACAAAGGCUUUUCGAAUAUGAACCCCGAUACCACUCAAAUCAGAUCACCUACUAUUGA